AGCUCCUCUUUCAUAUUCUUCUCGAUAAGCUAAUGUUUUUAAGCGACGGGCGCAGAAAUUAUACGUCGGUUUAGUCGUUACUACAUUUCCCAUAAGUACCCGCUCGGUUGAAACUACACAAGACAACAUGGCGGGAAUCGGAGCGUUCCUAAAGAAUGCAUGGAACAAGGAGCCUGUUAUCCUGGUCUCCUGUGUUAUUGGACUGACAGGUGUUGCUCUUCCAUUCAUCAGCCCCAUCACAAAGUAUACAGGAAUGAUCAAUUCAGCUGUGCCAUUCAACUACCCAGUCCCUGUGCGAGAUGAUGGAAACAUGGCCGAUGUCCCCGCCCAUCCAUGUGAACCAAAAGGAAACAACUUGGAAUGGCUUAAAAAGCUGUAAUUUCACAUUCUCACGAUCAACACUUCCUCUUGUUCAUAUGUGUCUGCAUGUCUGCUCCCCUUGUCAAUGUCCCACAAUAAAGAUUAUCUAUUUAAUUCUA